AUGGAACGAGGAAGAGGAAGGACUCUGAAGAUUCUGUUCCUGUUGACACUCUGUCUGCAAGACUUCACUGGUCAAUGCCAAGUUUCAGGGCAUCCCUCUAACCUGAGGAUAGUUCUGGUGGGGAAGACUGGAUCAGGGAAGAGUACAACAGGAAACACCAUCCUGGGGAGGGAGGGGUUUAAAGUGGGGGCUUCUCCAGUGUCCGUGACUGCAACGUGUUUGAAACAGAGUGGGGAGGUGGAUGGGAGGAAGAUUGAUGUCAUCGACACCCCGGGGCUCUAUGACACAAAAAUGUCUCAAGAAGAGAUGAAAAGUGAAAUAGAAAAGGCCAUCUACAUGUCAGUUCCAGGACCCCAUGUGUUCCUGCUGGUGAUCAGACUGGGGAGGUUCACAGAGGAGGAGCAGAACACGGUGAAGUGGAUCCAGGAGAACUUUGGAGAAGAUGCCUCAAUGUACACCAUCAUUCUGUUCACCGGUGGAGACCAGCUGGAGGACAAAUCAAUGGAGGACUUUCUAAGUGAGAGUGAGGAGCUCUCACUUAGAAAGGGCAAAACAGUCAAAGGGUUUCUUGCUCAGAGCAAAGCGCUACGGAGACUCAUCAAUAUGUGUGGGGGCAGAUAUCACUCCCUAAUCAAUGACAAGAGAAGAGACAACACUCAGGUUAGAGAGCUGCUGGAGAAGAUCGAGGAGAUGGUGGAGGAGGACAAUGGAGGAGAACACUACACCAGUGCUGACUAUGAAGAGGCUCAGAGAAAGAUCAGAGAGGAGAAUAUGUUUUACUGUAAACUGGCAGCGUACGGCAGUAUAGCCGCAGCAGGACUAGGGAUGGUGUUUGCUUCACCAGUAUUGGUGGCAGCAGGUGUAGCUGCAGGCUUCAGCCAAGGGUUUGAAUGCACUAAGGAGAUGCUAGGCUUUUAAAACACCAGGGGUACGUUCAGUUGGUCUUAACGUUUCACUACGUAUGGCAACGGUACUUACUGAAUCAUAUAACAGUCCUUUCAAAACCAUUUGCAAUGUUAUAGAUAUGCUAGCCGUGUGGCAGGAUGGCCCUAGCAGGGUGUGAACGUGGAAAAUCUUAACAAAACACUCCUGCUGCACUGUACACAAUCACCCUAUCAUGACCCAUAGUUACAACGUUUCUCAACUCAAAUCAUGACCGUUUAUUUUUGUGGAGGUGUAUGUAUUUAGUGGGGAUACAUAGCAUAUACUAAAUGGUAGUGUGUGUAUUUAGUGGGGAUAUAUUUAGUAUAUAUUAAAUGGUAGUGUAUGU